AAGUGCUUUCAGUAUCGAAUAAUUCAAGCGGCAUGUUGCAUCGCAUUCGGCCGCGUCUCGUGACUUUCGACGUCACAGGUACGCUUUUAAUGACAAAGUUGGUAGAACAUUAUUCCGAGAUCGCAUCCCAACAUGGAAUCGUCGUAACGGACAAAGACGAAUUGGCGCGAAGUUUUGAACAGAAUUUCAAACGAUUGGAACGAGAACAUCCGGUUUAUGGCCGACACACUGGCCUCGGCUGGGAAAAUUGGUGGAGACAAAUUGUACAUAAUGUUUUUAAAGAUCAGGACAAACGUCUCUCCGAUGAAUCACUUGACAAGGUUGCCAGUAAUCUGAUAGAGUGCUACGCGACGAGGAGAUGUUGGCACACGUACCCCGGAGUCCUCGAAAUUCUUAAUUACCUCGAGUCGCAAGGUAUCGUGCUCGGCGUGAUAUCGAAUUUCGACGAAAGGCUCGAUUCUGUCCUCGUGAGCACAAAAAUAAGGCGCUACUUCUCGUUCGUCCUGUCCUCCUAUACUCACGGCGUUGAGAAACCCGAUCCAUCGAUAUUCGAAGAGGCGCUUCGUUUGGCAGGAAAAACACGAGGAAUCAGCUUAAAACCGGAAGAAGCGAUGCACGUCGGCGAUACACUCGAGAACGAUUACAUCGGAGCGACUAAUGCACGAUGGAAUGCUGCUCUGGUGAAACAUCGCGAGAACCACGAUGUCAACGAUCGGGUCAUUUUUAUCGACGAAAAUCAAGUCCCGCCGGAUCAUCAAUUCAAUAACUUGAGACAAUUACAAAGACACUUUGAAAGUUUGUUAUAAUUUAUAAAUCAUUUUCGCGACUUUCGAUCGAAUACUAGUUACGAUUUACAACUAUGACGUAAAGUUUUAUUCAUACGCAAGUACAAUGGAAUGCAUUAUAGUUGAAACAUACAAAUAAACGGACAUAAUAAUCAAAGUAA